CCGCAGAUGUCUCCUUUGUCGACGCUUACAGACAUCGAGUCCAUCAUCUUUAUUGCGUCUAUGCAAUGGCUUGAUACGUCGACGCGGUUAACAGCGAAGCUCUUUCCUUCUGUUCCAAUCGCGAAGGGGCUACGCAAUGGGUGCAUACAAGUAUAUGCAAGAGUUGUACCGUAAGAAGCAGAGCGAUGUGCUCCGCUUCUUACUUCGUAUUAGAUGCUGGCAGUACCGUCAGUUGACCAAAAUGCACCGUGCCCCCAGACCAUCCAGACCAGACAAAGCUCGCCGUUUGGGCUACAAAGCUAAACAAGGUUUUGUCAUAUUCAGAAUCCGUGUAAGGAGAGGUGGACGUAAACGUCCUGUUCCUAAAGGUGCUACAUAUGGAAAACCAAAAAGCCAUGGUGUUAAUCAACUGAAACCAACUAGAAAGUUGCAAUCUGUUGCCGAAGAACGUGUUGGUCGUCGUUGCGGUGGUCUGCGAGUAUUGAACAGUUAUUGGGUAGCUCAGGACUCUACAUAUAUGUACUAUGAAGUUAUCUUGGUUGAUCCUGCACACAAGGAAAUUCGUAACGAUCCAAAGGUUAACUGGGUGUGCAACGCCGUACACAAACACCGUGAACUUCGCGGAAAGACGUCAGCCGGUAGGAGUUCCCGAGGAUUGGGUAAAGGACAUCGUUUCUCACAGACAAUUGGCGGUUCGCGUCGUGCAGCAUGGUUAAGACGAAACUCUUUAUCGCUUCGCAGGAAGCGAUAAGUUAUUUGAAUGUUUAUAAUUUGAAUUCACACCCGAACAAGAUACAUCAUUCUAUUGAUAUAAUAUGGAUACAUAUAUCGAUACUAUGGUAUAUCCUGUGCGAAAUAAACAUCUCUUCCUUAAAAACUGUU